AUGAGGAAACGAGGUUGCUCCAAGCGCGGCGUGACCCCAGAGCGGCUCAACACGCCACGGAAGCACGGGCCACGCUUGGCUUCCCCACAGUCCCCAUCAACUGAGGCUGCCUCUUCCCGCAGCAAUGCCGAGUCCCCGGCGUCCCAGCCCCGCAGGGCCGCAGGGCGGCCGGGGCUGGUGAAGCGGUCUCGGGGUGCUGCUGGCGAGCGGGACGGGGCGCUGGCACCCUCGGCGGGCAUCGGGGCUGACGGCACCCCGCUGGCACGGGCGCCGGGGGCCCCCGGACGCAGACUUCCCUCGCUUCACACCCGGGGGCCUGGCCUGGCACGGGUGUCCCCAGCGUGCGGUGUGGACUCGGGCCGUCCCCCAGCGUGCGGUGUGGACUCGGGCCGUCCCCCAGCGUGCGGUGUGGACUCGGGCCGUCCCCCAGCGUGCGGUGUGGACUCGGGCCGUCCCCCAGCGUGCGGUGUGGACUCGGGCCGUCCCCCAGCGUGCGGUGUGGACUCGGGCCGUCCCCCAGCGUGCGGUGUGGACUCGGGCCGUCCCCCAGCGUGCGGUGUGGACUCGGGCCGUCCCCCAGCGUGCGGUGUGGACUCGGGCCGUCCCCCAGCGUGCGGUGUGGACUCGGGCCGUUCCUCCGUCUGCAGCUGCGGCACAGAGUCCACGGCUACUCCAGCGGGCCACGGCUCGUCCAUCUCGCACACGAAGCCGUGUGCGUGGCGUGAGCUGGGCACUGCCACCGGCUCCACGUUGACCCUCGACCUCUCGCGACGCCCCCCUUCCUAUUCCAGCCCGCAGGGCCCUCGCAGCCCCCGGCUGUCCUGA